UGGGGGGCGGGGAGGGGGGAAGAUUCAGAACCUGCCCCCUGCCCUCAGGGGCCCCCACCAUCUGGACCAGAGACGCUGAGAGCCCACAGAACCCAGCACCUAGGAGGGAUCUCUGAGCGACAGGAGAGUGUGGUGCCAUGGGGGCCAGAGGAGACUGUCCUCCACGUGGCCGCUGACAAAUGCCCCCUCACUUGGGGAAGGUGUGCACACAGUACCUGAUUAAGGCUUCUGAAUAAAUGAAUGAAUUAGAAAUGAUUGCUCAGAGAGGUUAAGCAACUUACUUGAGGCCACCCAGCUGUGAGGGCGGAGCAAGUCUUCUCUCGCUGAGGUCCCAGCUGUCCUCCCUCCCCCUUGUUCUCCCCACCUUAACUGACAGAGGGGUCCAAGGAAGACGCACUCCUGCCCUGUCUCGGCAGGGCCUGGGGGGGCCAUGUCCCUCAUCCCAUGGCUUCGGUGGAAUGAAGGCCCCCCGCAGCCGUCAUCCCGGAGGCCGGCUGAGAUGGUGCUGGACACGCUCAUGAUGGAGCUGGCGGGACAGAUGCGAGAGGCGGAGAGGCAGCAAUGGGAGCGCAGCAACGCGGUCAGGAAGAUCUGCACCGGGGUGGACUACAGCUGGCUGGCCAGCACACCCCGGCCCACCUACGACCUCAGCCCUGGCGAGCGGCUGCAGCUGGAGGACGUCUGUGCCAAGAUCCACCCGUCCUACUGCGGGCCCGCCAUCCUCAGGUUCCGGCAGCUGCUGGCCGAGCAGGAGCCCGAGGUGCGGGAGGUGUCCCAGCUCUUCCGCUCGGUGCUGCAGGAGGUCCUGGACAGAAUGAAGCAGGAGGAGGAGGCCCGCAAGCUGACGCGCCAGUGGAGCCUGCGGCCCCGCGGCAACCUGGCGCUGGCCACCUUCAAGACCCGCGCGCGCAUCUCUCCCUUCACCAGCGACAUCCGGACCAUCUCGGAGGACGUGGAGCGGGACACGCCGACGCCGCUCCGGACCUGGAGCCUGCCCGAGUUCCGGGCGCCCAAAGAGGACUGACCCAUGCCCUACCCUGCCCGGGAGCCGAGAACACCUGCGGGAGGGCAUGAUAGGCCGGUGACCGGGUCCGAGUCCUGGAACCUCCCCACCUGCCCUCGACAAGGGGCCCAAGAGGUGGCCCCGUCCCAAGACAGCCCUGUAAGAUGCAGCAACCCUCUGGCCCACACUCUGCCACCAGCCACACGGCUCAGGGUCAGGCUUGGAGCCGCAGCGGGCCCCCCUUCCUCCCUUGCGAAAGUCGAAAGUCCGCUGCAGCGUCCCCUUCCCUGCCUCGCAGAGAUUCAGGGUUUUGGCAGACAGACCCCGGCCCCAUCUGUCCGGAAGGGGAAGACUUGCCCUUUUUGCCAAGACCUGGGUUCUCACCCCCAAUUCAAGGAUGUCCUACUCACCCCCUCACCCUGGGUAAUGUGGGACUUGUUGGGUGACGUCCAUUCUUUGCUGUGACUGGCUGGUUUCACCACUGCUGAUGGGUCACAGCCCCAUGGUCAGGCAGAGCUGAAAGGGACCACAAAGGCCAAUAGGUCCACUGUCCUCAGCUAGUGAAAUGCAUAAACGGAGGCUCAGAGAGGGCCUCAUUCUUACACCUUAAACUGCAGCCAGUGAGGUUGUUCCUGUAGGCAUAGUCUCUGCCCCUGAGUCCUUGAGUGCUGGGCUAUGAUGGGACAGACCCAAGGGCCAUGUCUCCACCUCCCUGUGGUCUGACACAUCUCUUACCUUGGAAUUGGCAUGAGGGUCUAAGGUGGCUGGGAUCAGAAGUAGGCUACCCUUGCCCCACCCCAGAGUGUCAUCAUGUAGGAUGUAGCCAACACCUCGCAGCUCCUUCCGGAGGUAGAGCUUCAAGGCCUUCCUACUCACUGCUCUGAGAGCCCAGGUCUCUGAUUCCAGGGCACCUUCUGUAUCUGGUCACCGUGCUCUUUGGCUGUCCUCAAGGAAAGUGAUGCUUAAACCCCUAACUAGCCUCAAAGAACCAAGUGAAAGUUCUAGAAGAGCCUCCCUACAGGCUUCAUUUGGUGUCUUUCCAUUUCUAAUAUGGUUAGACCUUUAUAAUGGACAUGUGGUGCUCCGGUGUCUGGAAAGUCUAGUGGCUUCCUCACAUACCCAGGGCUGAAGUGGGGUGUGUGGGAUGGUGGAGGAAGUGUCUGUCCCCAACUAUCAGUGCAUGCUCAGAAAAUGCAAGUGGAUCUUAAUGUUAGUCUAAAUAAAAUGCCAGGAGAUAAGUCAACAGGGAAAAAAAAUCCAUAUAUUCCCUGACCAAGCUCAGUAGAAAAAAACUUUUUUAAUCAUCUGGUUUGGGAUUAUUUUCAUUCAAGUCUGGACAGAAAAUCAUAAGAUGGUGGAAAACCCCGUAUCGAACACUGUCAAGAUGAAGGAGUUGUCUCAUUACAUAAUUGGUGGCAGUUGAAAAACACUUAAAUAGGGGUACUGGGGUGGCUCAGUCGGUUAAGCAGUCCAAUUCUUGAUUUCAGCUCAGGUCAUGAUCUCAUGGUUUGUGGGUUCGAGCCCUGCAUGGGGGUUCCAUACUGAGUGUGGAACCUGCUUGGGAUUCUCUCUCCUCUCUCUCUGCCCCUCCCCCUGCUCACACUGUCUUUCUCAAAAUAAAUAAAAUAAACUUAAAAAAAAAAAAAAAAGAAAAUCGCCUAAAUAAAAAUAUAUACCUCAAACAUCUUACAUAUUUUAUGUUAAGACGUAGGAAAAAGUUCAUUCAAUUGCCAAGCUGUGUUCAUUAUUUUGUGACAUGUGUGGAUUGUCUGACGGGAGAUCCACACGUCAGUUUUAUUGGCCUGUGUGUACUUUAACCAUACCAAUAAGAAUAAUGGGCACAAACAAGUUUGGAACAAGCAGAAGUGACCCUUGGUGAGCAGACAACUCAGUUGGGAGGGGCGGGGAGAGUUAGAAUAGGAUCGACUAGCUGUGAGCUUUCUGGAUACACGGGAUGUGGGUCAGGGUGUUUUUUCUGAGGGAAGGAGUGUCAGGGUCAACCUGAUUGUGGAGGAGAUAAUUCAGAGGAGGUCAGUUAAGAGAAUAUCUACUGUUUUCCUCCUUUCCCACCACCUUACAUGUCCCUAUCCUCCCCAAAGAAAAAGAAGAUCUGAGACUUUCAAUGCUGUGUGCUUCUUUUUAAUGUUUAUUUAUUUUGGGGGGGGGAGGGGCAGAGAGAGGGAGAGAGAGAGAAUCCCAAGCAGGCUGCGUGCUGUCAGCACAGAGCCUGAUGCAGGGCUUGAACCCAGAAACCAUGAGAUCAUGACCAGAGCAGAAACCAAGAGUCAGAUGCCCAACCGACUGAGCCAUCCAGGCGUCGCAACGUCCUAUUCUUUUUUAAGGUGAAGUAACGGGCCGUCCGUGAAAGCCUUCCCUGACCACCUUGGUCAAGACAGAACCCACCAGCUUCAGACACCGGUUGUCCUGCAGUGGAUUCCAAUCGCUCCUCUGGAUUCAAGUCAUGAAAAGAGAGUAAUGAUCUCUGACUCAAUUCCUAUAUUUAAAUCCCCAAUAAGAACAAAUAAAAGAACAGGCGCCUGGGUGGCUCAGUGGGUUGAGCAUCGGACUUCAGCUCAGGUCAUGAUCACACAGUUCCUGAGUUUGAGGCCCACCUCUGGCUCUGUGCUGACAGCCCAGCCUGGGGUUCUGUGUCUCCCUCUCUGUCUCUGCCCCUCCCCCACUCGUGCCCUGUCUCUCUCAAAAACAAACAUUAAAAAAAAAAAGAACAAAUAAAAGAACAAAACAGUUUGAGAGCCUCCUUGUGAGCGUGUGGUAGCGGCGGUCACAGUUGGGCAGGACGGGUAGAGCACGCUCAAGGCCCCGCAGGGCGGCCCUGGUCCCCUCAGCUCAACACCACCAGCCACUAGAGGGCGCCAGUGGGGGCUUGGAACCCUUGGUGAUUAGAUUUUAUUUUACUUCGCGGAGUUUUUAAAAAUCCUAUUAUGAAAAUUUACAAACAGAAGAAAGGGAUAGCAAAAGGUGUAAGAAUCCCCCAUAUGUCUGUCACCAAGGCUUAGUAGUUAUUAACAUUUUGCCAUAUUUGCUUUAAUCUAUUUUUUGGUGAAGUAUUUUCAAAUAAAUCCCAGGCAGGAUGACAUUUCACCCCUGAAUACUUCGCUCUGCAUAGCAAAGGAAUAAGGGAAGUUUCCUGCGUGACUCCAGCACAAUACUAUCGCUCCCAGCAACAUUAACAGUAAUUCCUUAAUAUCAUCUAAUAGCCAGUCCAUAUUCAAUUUUCCCUAACCAUGCCCAACAAGUGAUUUUUGCAGUUUCAUUUCUUUGAACUGAGGAUCUAAUCAAGCCUCACACAUUGACACAAAAUUUAUAAUUUGUUUUAUACUUGGUCAGAUAGCAUUUAUUUAAUUUCACAAUGAAGAAUUGCUUAAACAAAGUGUUUAUGGAACAUUAGUGUUAAUAUGCAAGAAGUUAAUGACUGCACAUAAAUGAGAACAACUCUGUAAAUUAGCCUAAGGACGCUCUUUACUCAGAUCCUUGUUAUUUUCAUUUGAUUAAAAUUCUUCCACAGCAACCAAGAUUCUCUAAUACCUUAAAAAGUAAUGUUAAAAUAUGGAUAGUGGCAAUAUAUCUAAUUUGACUUUUCAUUUGAUGAAAAUGCUCUCCAUGUCUGUGUGCUUUAUUUUCUGAGACAUGUUUGCAAAUAGCAACCUUAAAGCCUCCUCUUUUCUUGCCAUACACUAAAAUGUAUCAAAAUAACUCGGGGGAAAUCUCAAGAAUUCUAAUAGUAGGUAAUAAAAAUAGUUUUUAUUGCCAUUAUUCAACAUGUAGUGAAAUUUUGGUCUGUCUUAAUAUUCAUAUGGCUCCCCAACAUAACACAAAAUGUUAUUUCAAAAUUUAUUUAUCGACAAAUCAUUUUUAGGCAGUUAUUUUAAAACAAUUUAACACCUCACAUCAUUUGUUAAAUGGGGAAAUUGGCAUCUG